CCUGGCACAGAUACACGGUCCGGUCCCUAUCUCCCGCCUCAAUACAGACAAUCUACUCAGCGCCGGCCGGCAUCGGUAAGAAGACGCCCGCGCGAAUAUGGCGGCAACAAUCGAGGUGUUUGCUGUCGGCGGCAGUAAGCAGCAACAGCUUCAGCACAUGACCACGCAGGCGAGGAAUAUCGUCCUCCUGGGAGUGAAGAGCAAGAGGCUAGGCCGGGUCCCCCAACCAGAGGAUGGCCCCCAUAUCGCCGCUCUCCUUAAGGAAGGAAGGCUGCACCUGCAAUGGCUAGAUACGGUUGAGAUGACCCCGGAGAUCAAAGCCAAGACCAAGCCGGACACCAUGCUCAAACACAUGCUUGACGAUCCCGCCUUUCAUUACCCCGAGGAUAUGAAAAAACGCGCCCUGGCGUUGCGCGAGAGGUGGGAGAGCGAGAAUUGGGGCGAAGACGCUGUUGUUAUCGACGAAGACGUCGUCGCCGAAGAUCAGGAGCUUCUGAGCCCAGUCUCAGCUACCGCGGCGGCUACUGAAGAUGCCUCCAUAACGGAGGCCCAACUGCCGCCGCAGGGCCACCCCAUCUACGGAAGGCGAGGGAUCAUGAACGGAAUCAUGAUUGUUCGAGGUGCCAGCGGGAGAAAGACGUAUCGGCUCAACCCCGAAAUCCCCAAGAGACCCGCCAAGGUCUUCGGCCACAACGGCAUAGCCCCCGGCACCUGGUUUGCCAAUCAGCUAGUCGCGCUUCACCGAGGCGCCCACGGCGCGCGGAUGGGCGGCAUCUCGGGUAGCAUGAAUACGGGCGCCCAUUCGAUCGUAGUCUCCGACAACUACGACGAUCUCGACGACGACAGGGGCGACACGCUCUACUACUCAGGGUCGAACAGCCACAGCAAUACAGACCCAACACGGCCGGCGCCUUCCAGUUCGGGAACCAAGGCUCUGAAAGCGUCGCUAGCCACAGGAAACCCGGUGCGCGUUCUGCGGUCCGGCGGCCCGCAGUCAUCCAAGAAAAACCCGUGGCUGCCGGACUGCGGCCUGCGGUAUGACGGGCUAUACCGAGUUGUCGCGCUCCGAGUGCGUACGAAUACUAACGGCGGCCUCUACGAACAAUUCGUACUUCAACGAGAACCCGGCCAAGCAUCCCUGGAUACGCUGAAACGUAUCUCGCCUACGAAGCAGCAGAGGGUCGAGCUGGCCCAGAUUCAGCUCGGUUAUUGAGGAAGAAUUUACCAUUGCGAGUGCUAAGAGCACAGUCGCUUGCAGCGGCCGCCGUCGGUUUUUUUUUUUUUGGUUCUUUUUGCGACUCGCUUUUCCUGUGCCUCAGAUACCCGCAGGUUUCUCGAGACAGCAGCAUCUGAUCACCCAUCCCUCUUAUAGCUGAGGCACAAAGCGCGGAAACGACCCUGAGUCUGAUAACGUGUCACCUCGUCAACCUGGGCAUAAGAAUGAACGUCUGUUACUAGGGCGGUAAUGGAUGUCUACUAGGGUGCAUUCUAUGAUAACGUUGCGCUAGGUAGGUAGAUCCAUGGAGUCUCGGUGCCAGCUAUUAAGUCGGCUAUGAUUUGUAGCGGCAUAGGUGCAAUCUGCCUUUCCGUAUUACACACAGACAGCCCCCUUCCCCCACCCCCCCAAAAAAGAUGUAUAAGAACAUACCUUUAGCCCUCAAAUAAAAAUAAUAACACUCAUACCUGAUGGAACCGGAAGACUGGGAAAUUUGCAGCAAGGUGGAAUAAGUAGCUAGGUACAGCAAUCGCCUGAAUAAAAAGGCUACGACGUUUUGUGGUUAGAGCAAAAGCACAAAAGAAGAAUCCAACUCCGGUACGGGGAAUCGAACCCCGAGCUCCUCGGUGAAAACGAGGUAUGUUAGCCGUUACACUAUACCGGAUUGCGAGUUAUG